CCCGGGUGCUCAUCGGUCUCCGGUCCUGCAUCGAACGCAACGCUGGAAGCCACGCUCACCCGCGCUUUCCGGACAGUUAAUUGGAUACUCAUUACUAUGGAAACGGAAGAUCAGCUUCCGUAUACAAACCAAUGUCUGGUGGAACCUGGAGAAGAGUAAGCUCCGCCCCCUGAAUCCCACGUGAUCUGACCUCAACAAACGCUCCGACAUUCGUUCCCCGCGACAGUACCGCCUCUCGGGUGACGUCAUUAAUAUGCAACAGCGGCUUUACUCGGGUGACGUCAUUUGAUUGCGACUGCAGCGCUGACAGAGGCUUCGCUCUGAGCCACCAUGUUGUUUCCGGUGUGUGCGCCCACUAUUCCUUGGUGCCUGGUUCUUCAUCGCCGACUGUCCGCGGCCGCAGCGCCACUCUACGAUGUCGUUAUAUCUGGUGGAGGAAUGGUGGGAACUGCGAUGGCCUGCGCCCUAGGUUCUCAUCCUCAUCUGCGUCACCAGAGAAUCCUCCUGCUUGAAGCCGGACAAAGGAAGGUGCUGGAGCCGCUGCCGCAGCAGUUCAGCAACAGAGUCAGCUCCAUCACCCCCGGAUCCGCCACACUCCUUGCCAGCUUUGGUGCUUGGGAUCACAUCUGUGCCAUGAGGCUGAAGCCCUACAAGAGGAUGCAGGUCUGGGACGCCUGUUCUGACUCCCUCAUAACAUUUGAUAAAGAAGGGAUGGAGGACAUAGGCUACAUCAUAGAGAACAACGUCAUCACCACCGCCCUGACUGGUCAGCUGGACGCCAUGUCAGAACAUGUGGAGGUUCUGUAUCGGAGCAGAGCUGUAGGCUACACGUGGCCGGCACCAUACAACAGCGUGGAGGGCAGCCCCUAUGUAGGGAUCCAGCUGGCAGAUGGACAGAGUCUGCACACCAGACUGGUGAUCGGUGCAGAUGGACAGAACUCCAUGGUGCGCAGAUCAGCAGGAAUGAAUACUGUUCAGUGGAGCUACAAUCACAUGGCCGUCGUGGCGACUCUGGAGUUAUCGGAGUCUACAGAAAACAAUGUGGCCUGGCAGAGGUUCCUCCCCAGUGGACCCAUCGCCCUCUUACCGCUUUCUGACUCGUGGAGUUCCUUAGUCUGGUCUACGUCUCCAGAACAUGCGGCGGAGCUUCUAAGGAUGGAUGAGGAGAGUUUUCUUGAUGCUGUGAAUUCGGCUUUUUGGAGCAGUGAGCACCAUUCAGAUUUCAUCUCCUCUGCUGGAUCUCUACUGCGCUCCGCUGUGUCCUUCUUAAGGCCAUCAGGUUCUUCUAGCCGUCAGCUUCCUCCCAGUGUUUCCCGCCUCGGGGACAAGAGUCGGGCUGCUUUCCCUCUAGGACUGGGUCAUGCUACUGAAUACGUCCGCCAGCGUGUGGCUUUGAUUGGGGACGCCGCGCACAGAGUCCACCCUCUGGCUGGGCAGGGUGUGAAUAUGGGCUUUGGGGAUGUAGCCAGUUUGGUUCACCAUCUGAGCAUAGCGGCAUUCAAUGGCCAAGACCUCGGAUCAACAAGGCACCUUCUGGAGUAUGAGACCGAGCGCCAGAGGCAGAACCUGCCCCUAAUGGCCGCCAUUGACCUGUUGAAGAGAUUGUACAACACAAAGAAGCCACCCAUCGUGCUGUUGCGAACUCUUGGCCUCCAGGCUACAAAUGCCCUGCCACCAUUGAAGGAGCAGAUCAUGGAGUUUGCAAGUAAAUGACUUCUCUCCGUGCCUCUGAUGCCAAUUCAUGUAAUUAAUUAUAAAUAUUUUUUUAAUUCUUAUUAUUAAAAAAGAAUAAAGUUAAAUAUUCCUGCUCCGAGAAAUGUCUGCUGCAUCAUGGG